ACGCCUCCCUCUACACGUCGGGUUCCCACCAGCCUGUGACCCCACCCGGCAGGCACACACGCGCAUACGCAUCUUUCUCAUCUGCCGCAGGACGGCAGAAGGCACCGCCCCGCACCCGCACCUGCUCAUCAUCUUCGAAGCUUCUCUCCUCCUCUCCACCCCACUCGACGACCAGCUAGUGCCGACCUCCUCCACAGCGCCAAUCCGACGCGGCCGCCGCUAUCCCGAGAUCCCGUGCCCAACGCUCCCUCUUCGAGGCCAAGCCAGGUACGAAGUUGCACUGUCUGUGCAUUGUUUUAUAUAAAAACAUCUCUCUGCCAUAAGAGCUUUGAUCUGCAGUGCAUGGCUCUGAUUUUGCUGUUCUUCUAAAAUUUGCUCAGCAUCAAGAGUGACACACAUUAAAAUGGGAUCUACACGAGCAACGAGUGAAGAUGACAAGGCUCUUGUCUUGUGCCAGGAAAGAAAACGUUAUGUGAAAGAAGCACUUGAUGGGAGAUGUGCAUUUGCAGCUGCUCACUUUGCGUAUAUUCAGUCGCUGAGGCACACAGGAUUUGCUCUGAGAAAAUUUGUAGAACCUGAAGUGCCAACAGACUCUUCAUUAUACACAUCAACAUCUGCAACACCAGAGCCUCCUGGCAUGAGGCAUAGAUCGAUGAACCUCUCCCCAUCUGUAUCACAUCCGGCCAGUGACUCCUUCUCCCCAGCUCCGUCCCCGUUAUCUUCAGGGCGUUUCCAUGUCAAUCAUAUGAAAGCCGGGAGGAACCCAGCGAGGACUGUUGAGGAAAAGGUGCCUGUUCCUGUAACAGCAACUCUGGAGACUUCAUCCUCAGUUCCCAUUCAAACUGUACAUGAUCUGGAUGAUAGUUCUACAUUUGAAGCUCCUCCAGGGACACCACCAUGGGACUACUUUGGCCUUUUUCAACCUGUUGAGAGCCAGUUGUCAUUUCAUGAUGAGAAGGAAUCUGGUCAUGAUUUUGAAAAUGCUGAUGAUAUUAGGCGCCUUCGGGAGAAGGAAGGAAUUCCAGAGCUUGAGGAGGAAUUGGAGAAGUCGCAUGCUCAUGCUGGUGAUGUUAGGCUCUCGCAACAGGAGAAAACUCCAGAUGUCAGAGAUGGGGAGCAAUCUACUAUGAGUGGAAGGGAGGAUGAUUUUGCAGACUCAGAAGAUGAUUUUGAGAACCCAUCUUCUGAACCUUUAGUGCGGAUGUUCAAGAACCGCAAUGAUACACCUGUUGAAAAUAUUGUAACAGAUCAGUCACCUGCACAUCUUGCUGCAGAUAAGGUUGUCUCAAAAAAUUUGGUAGAUAAGGUUGCCUUGGAAAAUAUUGCAGAUAAGGUUGCCUUGGAAAAUAUUCAUUCCAAAACGGAGGAGCCGAAAAGUGACAACAAGGUACUUGAGCCAAAAAGUGACAAUAGGGUACUUGACAUUAGCAUGUAUGAAACUGAUGAAACCCCUGUGACGAGCCCUGUGAAAGAAGUGGCAUCUUCGGUUGCCGCUCAUCCUAUAAACGGGAAAUCGAAGGAACCUUUUCGUGAUGUUAGAAAUGGGGUAAAGGACCUGUCUACAUCCAUGAAAGAGGUUGAAAUCUUAUUUAUCAAGGCAUCUGAUUCUGGCAAAGAAGUCCCGAGGAUGCUUGAAGCGGAUAAAGUCAAUUUCCGCCCUUUGCUAACCGAAGAAAGAGCACGUGGAUUAAAGGCACCAGGCUUUUUUGCAACACUCUUUGCUUGCUGCAGGGAGCAAGUCCCUGUUCCUCAGCCUCCACCACAAGCCGACAUGAAGCAUCUUACCUGGCAUAGAUCAGUGUCUUCGCACUCUUCGUCAUCAAGAAAUCCUCUUGGGGCAGCAUCGAAAGUUGAUGUCGAUGGUCUCACUGGAAAUAUCUUUAGUGGUGUAUACAUGAAUUCUGGCAGUCACGCUUCCACACUGGAUAGAUUGUAUGCAUGGGAGAGAAAGCUCUGUGAUGAAGUUAAGGCUAGCAGUACAAUUUGCAGGCAGUAUGAUGAGAAAUGUAGGUACCUGAGAAACCAGGAAUCAAGAGGAGAAAGCCAAAUGAGUGUUGACAGAACCCGUGCUGUUGUGAAGGAUUUGUACUCCAGAAUUUGUGUGGCCAUUCAGAGAAUUGACAUGAUUUCCAAGAACAUAGAGGAUCUGAGGGACAAAGAGCUUCAACCGCAGCUUGAAGAAUUAAUUGGAAGCUUAACUCGCAUGUGGGAAACAAUGCUCGAGUGUCACCGGCAUCAACACGAGAUUAUUAAGCUAGUAUCCAACAGUGGCGGUAUAAAGGUCUUAAUCCGGUCGGAAUCACAGUUCCAAGCAACUCUACUCCUUCAGGUUGAACUAAAGUCACUAUUUUCAAACUUCCAGAGAUGGAUAGUAUCCCAUAGAUCUUACUUGAAUAGCCUACAGUCAUGGUUACUGAAGUGUGUGAAAUCACUAAGGACGAAGAAAAAAUCUAGAAAGAAGAAGGAUACCAAUUUUCAAAUAACAAAUUUUGCUGUUGCACCCAUAUUUACAAUCUGUGAGCAGUGGAUUCAGUUACUGGACGAGUUGCCAAUCGAAGACUUGGAAGGUGGCAUUAAAGGUCUCCUUGCAGAUAUAAACCAUUGUAUGCCUCGUCAAGAGAAGAGGCGUGGUGGUUCAAGGUCUACAUUCGCAAUACCUAAUGGAGGGUUGAAUGAUGAAAUGAGGGGAAUCCAUAGAAAUGACGCUCAUACGGAUUUACAGUCGAGCCUGGAGAGCUUCCUAGGGAAGCUUGAAUUCUUCUCAGAUGUUUCAGUGCACAAAUAUGGUGAACUCAAGAAAAAAGUUAAUACGGCAAAGGAGAAAUAUGAGCAACAGAAUAAGUAACUUAAGGAGGAGGCAAAUCGGUUGCACUAAUUUCUGGAGUGAAACAUAAUAUAGCUCAAAAGUCAUCAGAGAUGGAUAAAUAAACCGUCCAUUGUGUACAUUCGUUCAUCGAACUAAUAGGCACAAAUCACUGCCAUCAUAUUUUGUGAGUUCAUGAUAGUCUAGGGGACAGGCGGGUGGGGGGGGGGGGGGUGGUAAAUAUGUAGAUAUCCGGCCUUGUGGCUAAUGCCACACGACCUUAAUCUGGGAUGUAAAUGUGAGGUGUAGGUAAAUUAAACUGUAAGAUGGGGGAUACAAGAUGUAUAUUUGUCCUGGGGGUAUAUCAGUAUAUGAUAUGAGGUUUCAUGUGCUUCAUGUUGGCACCUGUGCAUAAGUUCCAACUUUUCAUUCAGAACUUCCCAUUCAGUGCUUUGUACGUAUCUAUGAUUGCAAUUCCAUUCUCCUGUUGUUUA